AUGAAAACAUCGUUGCUUUUCACUUGGAUUCUUAACCUGACUGUCGUGUUCGCCCAUCCCAUGCAGAAACGUUCAUCCUCAAAACGCAACACCAGAAGUAGUGCUACAGUUGUCCCAUGUAUGGACAUGCAGAGUUUCGCGGGUAAUUACGAAUUUACGGCGGACGGCAGCGGCAGUGUGUGUGGACUUUAUUUAAUUUCACUUCCUGAAAAAUUAAUUGAGCUCGAAUUCCUCCACUUUGACGUUGAUUGUGAGGCGGGCGGACUUGUAGCGCUUGUAGAUGGAUGGGAAAUGAAUGGUCAGUUUUUCCCUCCGCCUGCUGACCAUCAUCUAAGACUUGAGCAACGAUACAUGACUUUUUGUGGACAAUCGAAACCAAGGAAAGUGCUUCUAUCAUCACAGAAUGUGUUACUCAUACAAAACAGAAUACCCGUCCAAGGUCAGGGAUUCACCGUCAGGGUCAACUUCAUCGAUAACCCUCAACCGUGCAAUGCCGUGUCAAUGUUUACCCAAGGAGUGCAUACUAUGAAGAAUUAUGGACAACGACGAAACUGUUCAAUGUCAAUUAUCUACCCCGAAUUGGUUCACCUUGUCUCCGUCGAUGUGGGCGUGACAGCUAAAAUGAACGAAGUUGAGGGCGACAUCGGCCUUUCAGAUCAGUGCCUGAACAGGAUGGGAAACGCCGACUUCGUGGAAGUGAGCGGAGCUAACGGAUUCGAAGUUGAGGCGAGAAACCAACGUGAGAUGGUUUGUGGUCUCACAGCUGGUGCUGAGAGAUCCGGAAUUCCCGUUGCCUGCACCAAUACCGUGAUAAGACUGGUCUCCAGCGGUGAAUACUUCAACACUGUUACGUUUGUUUAUACACAACCUAAACCGGAGGACCUCAUGCAAGACAUGGGCACGUGCUGA